UCUGACUACUAUCUACUGACUACUGACUGACUAUCUACACUGCUGAUGACUGUCAUGACUACCAUCUUUGCUUGUCAUCUACGCUCCAAACACAUACUCCCAUAGUGCUCUGUUUCGCAUAAAGACACACUCAGCUUACUCCCUCCAUGUGCACUCCAGCUCCAUGCACCCUACUGCAACAUGAUCAAGCUACCCUUCAUACUCACCUUCUUUGCACUCCUCGCACUCUGCCUCAUCCUCCCCUUCCUCUGCGGCAAUGUCAACACCUCAAGCCUAUCCACAACCAUCUUCUUGCUGCGUCUUGAUACACGCAGGGAUAGAUCAGUCCCGCAGCUCUUUGGAGCAGUAACACCGGCAAUCCUACAGCUAGGCAUCUGGGGAGGCUGUACAGGAUCCAAUGUCACAGGCAACCCAGGAUAUCUAAUUGGUACUGUCGCUUGUGGCAAUACGCAGCAGGCAGCCACAACAUUGACCCAACUCAUGGAUACCUUCCAACUCGGCAGUCUCGCAACCCUCGCCAAUCCAUCAGCAUUCGGUAACGAUGUCCUCACAAGACUCUCUGCAGGCAAUACACUCCUUGAAGCCCUCUCGAUCCUUGCAGCGCUCGUUGCUGCAACACUCUCAAGCACCAGUGUUCUAGUCGCUUGUUGUUUUCCACCACGCAGUCGACUCACACACACAAAACACUACGGUCGUGUGUUUUGGACACGCGUUCCAUUCUUCUUAUCGCUGACGCUGACGAUCUUGCUGUUUGCCACAGUUCUCAUUGCGCAUAUCAGUAUGGGUUCUCUUCAGCGUGUGUUGGCACCUGCACCCGUCGAGCUUGGCAUUACGGCUUUUGUCUUGCUAUGGGUAGCAUUCUUUGCGAGUUUGUUUGCACUCGGUGGAUGGAUCUAUCACCGCAAGCGAUUAUUGUCCUGUGACUUGGUAUAGCCUUCAAUAGCAUGUAGGAUGAUCAUAUCAGUCCAGCUCUGUCCAAAUAGUUCUGUGACUGUCUAAU